UUUUGUUUACACAACUUAUAUUAUGCAACACGCCAGAGGAAAUGACGUAAGCGGAAGUGCUUUUACAUGGCGGUUAUCGCUUGAUUUUUUUCUAACAGGAGGGUCGUUAUUAAACAAGAGGUUUUAUAUUCGGCAUGUGCGCUGUAUACAUCGUAAGACAUUAGCAACAACAGCAGCAGGUCGUAUGGAGAGCACAGUGAAAGACUCGAGGCCUAGCAGCCCUUUUCUCAGCCUGGAUGAAGAUGAAGCCAGUGAACAUCUAAACGAGGCUUGUUUACUGAGUGAUAGUGACCUUCAGUUUGACGAACGAGGUUCCUGUUAUGAUUUGUCUAACUUAGUCGUUCCAGAAACUCCAGAAAGCCCUCUCCCUUUUCGAAGAAAACGACAAGCCCGAGUCAAAGAUAAUUACAAUGGGGCUGCACUAUGUGGUACAGAUGCAAGAAGGUCAGAGAGAUGGGACAUGAUUCCUGGAUACCUCCAUACGACACCGUGCUCUCAAAGGACACUAAAACGAAGACGACUACAAGACAAUAUAGGAGGUGGCAAUAAUAUCCAAGCAGGAAAUGGAACAGGAUUUGUACCCGCUUCAUCUCUUUUAUCUAAAUUCGCAUGGCAGGAGUCUCCACGUUCUUCACAAUCCACUGCCUUGUCUUCCGAUUCUGAAAUCUCGUGCUCUGCUGCGGCCGAAUUCUCUGGGCUGGGAGCUGCUGCUGGCCAGAUUUGCCAAAGAAUGACUUCUCCACAUGGUCGUGACUCUUUGCAAAAAACGCUUAAGAAAUGCAAUAAGGAACAGAGACUGAAAAAGUCAUCGACUGCUAGUCGUGGGUCCUCUAGGUGUGCGUCAACAGCACUUUCACUUGCAGCAGAGGAUAACCACUUACAAGAAAGAAGAGGUGAAUGUGUACAAGAGGAGAUUGUCGUUAUCGAUGAGGAUGAUGAUGAGAUGGCUGUGGUUCGCUCUGCUCAAAUUGAUGAAGAUGAGGCAUUUGCCAGAAGCCUCCAGGAGCAAUUUGAUAGAGAGGAACAUCAUCAUCAUCAUCAUCAGGAACAAAGUCGAUUACAGACCACACCCCCCAACAGACAUCCACAAAAUGCCCCGUUUGAUUCCUAUGUAGGUCUGAGCUGGAUCUCUCCCUGGGCCUCCAUGAUGUACUCAUCAUCAUUCUCAGAGCUGCAGGACAUGUCUGUGGGACAGCCCAGCAGGCAAACGAGAUCAAGAGGUCGCAGCUCACGCCGCAGAAACACACCGCACUUGCCUUUAAACCUGCUUGAUGACAGCCAGGGAAAUAACUAUGAGGCCUUUCUGGCAUUUGAGGAGAGCCAGGGAUCUGUGAUAGCCAAGAAAACUCUCAGUAAGUGGGAGAUCGAGAGACUUCCUGCGAAAGCUUAUGACCCUGCACACAAUGCGGGCAAGACAGAUUGCCAAAUCUGUUUCUCUGACUACAAGAAAGGAGAGAAGCUGCGAAUGCUGCCAUGCUUCCAUGACUAUCACAUGAAGUGCAUUGAUCGCUGGUUGAAAGAGAAUGCUACCUGUCCUAUCUGCAGAGCAGAUGUGUCGCUAUAGUGCACAUUAUCUCAGGACUGCUUCUCUACCUCAAAACAAGAGUACAAAAUCUGUAUUGUAUGCAUGCAAUUUUAACUUAUGUGCCUUUAUGAUGAGUUCUUGUUUUUAUUUAAAAAAAAAAGGCUAAUGAAUGGACCAGCAUAAAUUCUGUGACUGAAAUAGUCAAUUCUCCCAGGUUCACUGUUUUUCUUUUUGAAUAAAAUGAUUUUUCACCCCCUCA